AUGAGCACUCAAGCUGUUUUCGAGCGUGCUGUGAAGCACCAUCUCCCAACCGCCUUUAUAUCAUACCUUGAAAGGAUAGACGAGUUCCAGCUAGGCCAGGUCCUCACCUACCACUCUAAGCCUCACUGGUGGAAGAGAAAAGAGGUGGAUUAUGCUGGCGUCCCAACUGUUGAUUUGGAUCUGGACCUUGAUGCUGAAGUAAAGUCAGCUUGGUUGAGUUUGGGUGGUAAGCUCGGCGGAAGUGGAAAGAAGAAUGUGACACUUUCAGUGUCUUUAGGAGCACUGACUCACAUCAGGGCAAACAUGUUUGAUGUGUUGUAUAGGAAGGGGUACACUGUUGAUAAGAAUCAUCCUGUCAUCAAGGAGGCCGUUGCUAAGGGUGGAGUCCUUUUUGUCAUAUCGUCAAUUUAUGUGUCUGAUAAAGUUGAAGUCACAAUAAAGGAGCAGGAGUCAAUGAAGGCUAAUGUUAAGGAGGAUGAAGGGACUGAUGCCUCUGCAGGUGAUAAAGGAAAAGAUACCUCUACCAGUGAUAAAGAGAGUGGUGUUGAGAAGGAAGCUACUAAUAUCAUUAAAGAUGUUACCAAGGCAGCAGUGGGUGCUGCUAAACCUGAUGAGGAUGAAACAGCUACCGGUGAUGCAGAUGUUAGCACUACUGGAUUAACUAUAAGUAAAAGGGACAAAGCAUCUGUGAUUGGAUUUCACGUCAUGAAAAUUGAUAUCACAAAAACUGGCGAGCUUGUACCAACUGCCGAGAGUGGGUUUUCACACCAUCACAAGAUUCAUUUUCCCUUUGCUGAUACGUUUACUGCCACGCCCAAAGAGGGAGGAGCUUCAAAGCCAAGUGACGAUAAAGAAGGAACUACUACAGGUAAAACUGAUGAUAAAGGAGGAGACAAGGAACCAACCAAAGAGGAAGCAACUCCUGAUAAUAAAUAAAUUUUUGUGAACUUUUGAUGCUGCUAACUAUUGUGCUAUUGUGAACGCUUAUUGCUUAAUUUUGCUAUAAUUAUUUUCAUUAUCAAUUCUUAUAAUUUAA